AUGCCGAGUAUCGCAUCAUGGAACGGCUCUCUGACAUCCGCCAACAACGAUUGGCGCGUCCUUACAGUCCGCACUCGUUACAACCAGGCCGAAGACCUGCCACCGUACGAGGCCACGGUUCACCUCUUCUCCAUUGAACUCCCUCUCCUGACUGAUACCAGGGACUGUUUUUUAUACCUCAUCUGGCGACGCAGGGCAGUGAUGGCCCUGCAGGCUCUGGACCUGGACCACUUGAUUUACGCAGGUCUCCCCCGCCCUGGCCGGGAUGACCCCAAUGUGCAUCACUGGCUCCGGCUAUCCAGGCUCGUCGGAUUCUGGCUGAUACAGCACAUCGAGGAGCAGCUUUUCCUGGAAAUCCAGGAAUCGGCACCCUGUCGGAUGGUUCUUGCCGACGAAGUCUUUCAAGAAAUUGAGGCUCGUUUCGGCACAACUUCCGAGGAAAUCGAUGAGCUUAUCAGCCGUCUUGAGAGUGAGGAAGAUUCUUGA